UCAAAAGACAAUAACAACACGGAUUCUUCUUCUUUAUUUGUCGAAAACCUGACAAAGAGAUCAUCAUCAUCAUUAGCGUUCACUAAUGGUGCCUCUCUGCUCCAGCGAUCCUCUCUGACAAUCCUCUCUCUUUUGUCAACGCCUCAAAGUUCAAUAUCAUUAAGAGCCUCUCUUCUCACACGCAACCUCUCUCUCGAGUAGUUCCGCAAUCCAAAUCUCCCAACUUGCUUCCUCGAGAGGGAAGCUUUAUUUUGCUUCAUCGCGCGUGUCCCAUCCUCUUCUCCACAAGUAAAAGAUGGAGGUCAAGCUAUGGAACGACAAGCGCGAGCGCGAAACGUACGAGAACUUCUCCGAGCUCUACGCCAUCAUCAAAGCCACCGAGAAGCUCGAGAAGGCCUACAUCCGCGACCUCAUCUCCCCUUCCGACUACGACACCGAGUGUCAAAAACUCAUCGUCCACUUCAAGACCCUCUCCGCAUCCCUCAAGGACCUUGUCCCCAGCAUCGAGAGGUUCGCCGAGACCUACAAGAUGGACUGCUCAGCUGCCGUCUACCGCCUCGUGACCUCCGGCGUUCCGGCUACCGUGGAGCAUCGUGCUGCUGCGGUGGCGUCUACUUCGAGCUCUGCUUCCGUUGUGGCUGAGUGUGUGCAGAAUUUUAUCACUUCGAUGGAUUCGUUGAAGCUGAACAUGGUGGCUGUAGACCAGGUGUAUCCGUUGCUGUCUGAUCUCUCUGCUUCGCUUAGUAAGCUGAGCAUUUUGGCGCAGGAUUUUGAAGGGAAGGUGAAGAUGAAAGAGUGGCUUGUGAGGCUGUCUAAGAUGGGGGCUUCUGAUGAGCUCACUGAGCAGCAGGCGAGGCAGCUUCACUUUGACCUUGAGUCUUCCUACAACUCCUUCAUGGCUGCUUUGCCUAGUGCCGGUAACUAAAUUGUGUGUGUGUGUGUGUUCCUCUGUUACUUUUGUUAAGGGACUACUUGGGUAAUCUAUUUGCUGCUGCACUCUCUGGAUAUGAAUGUUGUGUAGACAGAAACAGGCCUUUCUUUUGUUGUGUAGUGACAUGCCAGAUUAUUGUAUGAAUCUAAAUUCUUACCUUGUUUUGGUUAGCUAUGAACUUAGAAAAGGUAAUUAGUCAGCA